UACAUGUUCAAAUGCCCAAGCUAGUGAACUGAAGAUCCCAUUUCGUAAUUUAGAGAGGUGAUGAUGAAGGAGUGCGAGCAAACCCUGAUCGGCGGAAACAUGUUCCGUACGAAUCAAAAUUGGACGAGCCAAACAAACCAACCAAAACCCUCUCCCGUCGUCCUGCUCCCUCUCUCCCGCCGCCACACGACCGGGAGCACGGCCAUGGCGCGCAUCGUGUCUCGCGCGCUCCCGUUCGCCUCGCGCUCGUCCCUCCACCUCCCGCUACCGUCGCCCUUCCCCGGCGCGGCGCUGCUGCGUUCCGCCGCCACGGCGCCGCCCCUGCCCCCCGCUGCCAGGGCUGCACUCGCGGCCUCGCUGCUCUCCUGGGGCGGGCACACGGGCAACCCUGAGCCCUCGAUAGCGGCACCGCCGCCGUUCGCAGGGUUCCUCGCCGGAAUCCGCGGGUUCCGCAAGGGGCGGGGCGGACAGGCGUCGGCGAAGCGGUCGCAGCCUCAGGACGCACCGCCACCCCCGCCCCCACCCCCGCCGAAGGAGAGCGAGAUCGAGCUCAUCGCUCGCAUCGGCGUCGAGGAGGACAUGCCCGAUGACCCAGAAGUGCUGAACAUUGUAGAAAUCUUAAAGUUAAAUGUCCCAAUGGCAAUGAAGAUUGCACUUGAUGGACUUCUGGAUUCCAGCUACAGCACCCGAGAUACAUCAAUAAGUGAUGUUGGGAAGUAUGAUAAGGUUGAGGUUUCUGUAUUGCUAUGCAAUGGUAACUUCAUCCAAGAUCUUAACAAAGAAUGGAGAGGCGAAAACCGCACUACUGAUAUGCUCUCAAUGUCCCAGUACAUUCCAGAUCUUGAUGUUCCCAUUCUAAUGUUAGGUGAUAUAGUAAUAUCUGUUGAGGCAGCUGCAAGGCAAGCUGAGGAGAAAGGUGUUACACUUCUUGAUGAAGUGCGGGUUCUAGUGGUUCGUGGCAUAUUACAUCUUCUUGGUUUCCAACACGAGUCGAGCAAUGAGGCUGCAGCAGAAUUUGAGAAGGAGGAGCAGCUCAUUUUAAAAAGUCUAAGGUGGAAAGGAAAAGGUCUAGCUAAGAGUGCUUUGGAUUCAAGCAAGCCUCAAACAGAUUCAUUGGAUGGGCAAGUGACGAAUGGUCUGAAGAAAGCUGGCAGCCUAAGAUUUUACAAACCAAAAUUCAAAUAUAUUUUUUGUGAUAUGGAUGGCACACUGCUCAACAGUAAAAGUCAAGUUACAGCAAGGAAUGCAGAAGCUCUAAGGGAAGCUAGGUCAAGAGGAGUAAACAUAGUUAUUGCCACUGGAAAGGCACGUUCUGCUGUGAUUGAUGCUCUUAGUAUGGUGGACUUAUCUGGAAGAACUGGCAUUGUUUCAGAAUCAUCACCUGGUGUAUUCCUUCAGGGUCUGUUGGUUUAUGGUUUGGAAGGGAGACAGAUUUAUAAAAGAAAUUUGGACCAAGAAGUAUGUAGAGAGGCACUCUUAUAUUCUUUGGAGAACAAGAUACCAUUAGUAGCAUUUAGUCAGGAUCAUUGUUAUUCUGUGUUUGACCACCCUUUGGUCGAUUCUCUCCAUUACAUAUACCAUGAACCUAAGGCUAAAAUAGUGUCAUCUAUUGAUCAGCUUUUAGAAACAGCUGAGAUACAAAAAGUAUUGUUCCUUGAAACUCCUGAGGGAAUUUCGUCUGCAUUGAGACCAUACUGGGCAAAGGCGAUAGAGGGAAGGGCCCAUGUUGUUCAGGCACAACCUGAUAUGCUUGAACUUGUACCGCCUGCAACUUCGAAAGGCAAUGGUGUGAAGAUUCUGUUGAACCAUCUUUCCAUUAGUCCGGAUGAGGUAAUGGCAAUUGGUGAUGGAGAAAAUGACAUUGAAAUGUUGCAACUAGCUUCGUUUGGUGUUGCUCUUGCAAAUGGAUCUGAUAAGACUAAAGCAGUGGCAAAUGUAAUUGGUGCCACUAAUGAUGAAGAUGGAGUUGCACAGGCUAUUUAUGAAUAUGCUUUCUAACAACACUGAAUCAUUUUGGACUGGAUUCAUAUCUGUUCUUUUGAUUCCCCAUUUUCCCUGUAUUCAACACAGAAGUCAAGUGGUUCCAAGUACACCGUUCGAAGAAUUACAGUGGAGUGCGACCUCAAUGUAGGGUUAGAAUUUUUGAAUUGUUGGCCUGUAAUAAUUUUUUGUUGGCAGGCACUGAAAUCCAGCUCCACAUACUCUUAUAAUUGGAAUAUGUAAUCGGAUUACUAUUUUCUCAAAUUUGUAUGUAGGCGUUCCUUUUUUUUU